CUCAGCACUGCCGGCCAUGGCACCCACCAGUUCCACAUGCCGGCCGCCGCUUCCUCGACCUAUCCAAGCCUCUGACUACGCAGACUUGAUUAAAAAUGACGUCGAGCUGUACCCGACUGAAAAUCCCCUCACGCCAGCCGUGCUUGCAAAGUGGUUCGCCCAUCAUGCUCAGUUCGGGAUGAUGUACGACACGUUUGGUUGUUGCAUCUUCGUGCCGUUGCUUCCGUCAACGUGGAACAAGUUCAUCCGUAAGGAAAUUGAAGAAGCAGCAUUGGUCGACGGCAUCUUUGAUGCGGCGACGAGCUCCACGGGCGAACUCUGCCUGCAUUUAUACCACAUCGAAAAAUCAUCCAAGUGGACGCGGCAGUUUGAGCGCAUGGCGCACGUCGUGAUUCAGGACGUAUGCCACCUAAUCCGUGAACUCAACUACGAUCGAUCGCAGUCCCCGAUCCGCGUCGUCGGAUGCUCUGCGCUCGCCGUGUCGGACGCGGGUUACCGAAUGUCUCGUGAUGUGUUUCAAAUGUCCCUCCUGUUCGAACCCGAGGAGUUCCUCUUCCGCCAUCGCACACGGGGCCAUGUGACGAUCGUUCAUGCUUUGGAUUGCGUCGGUGAUCGAGCGCCGUCCCCCAAUGAGUGGGAAAAAUUCGGAGAAGCGAGGCUCAUGGCAGUCACUGGCUACGACGCCUGCGCCAAAGUGUUUAAAAGCGCAGAGUAAGGCUACCACGAUCCCAUUGCCAUCGUAGUAUCGUCCACCGCAUAUCAAUGAUGAAGACCAACAUGUAAUGGACAGGAAGGGCGACGUGAGCCAUGGCUAAUCCACCAAGCAAGUUCUCGAUUGUUGGCAGGCAGUUGUGCAAAUCGAGUGCGCGCGUCCUAUCGAACGACCUGCCAAAGCAAUAUGCGUGUUCAAACGUCGGCCAAAACGGAAUGCAGCCCCAUUUACAUGGCUCUACGAGCCGUAGCCAUCUUCUGUGGCGCUUCAAUGAAUGAUGGCACAUCGUCGUGGGUGGUAAUUGUAACAAACUUGCAAUUUUGAUCAACAAUAGUUCGCAAGCCCUGGUCCCAGGACUUCGACGCGCUGGCGUCCCACGCGUACCCGGUACGUCAGGAUAGCCUGCCCACACUGACCCACCUUCCACAUGUGGUUGGUAAAAGUUGGCUGCAUGUACGACUCCGACGGGUUCACCCGUGCGUAGAAGAGCUCCAAGCCAGCUGUGUCGACCCACACCAAGUCCAUAGGCAGCGGCGUGCAGUUGACAAAAUGAACGUCGGCAGGUCCGCCACCGUCCACGGACACGUUGUCGAGGUUGAUGCCGCUGUCAGAUGGCCACAUCGCGACAGGUUGCUGUGGGUGAAUGGGGCUCAGCGUCGGGGACAACUGUGGCUGCCCCAUGUAGCCAGGAAGUCGGACCAUCGUCGACGGAUGUUGCAUGACCAUGUGCAUUGUGUGACCAACCAUUGCCAUCAUUUGAGGCGACGUCGCGGGAAAACACAUCAUUCCACCUUGCCCUGCCAUCCCGAACUGUUGCGGCUGCAUGGAGGGUGAAUAUGGCACCGUUUGCAUUGGCUGCAUUUGGCCAGGACUUGUCGCGGGGGCCACUGCCACAACCACAGGAGGCCUCUGCAGAGGCGGUUGCAGCGGGGGAGCCGGCUGGAUAACCGCCAUCGACGCGCGCGUUGCUCGCGGCGUCGAACUUGCUGUUGGUGCUUGGGGUACAACGGUAGCACCUCUUUCCGGCAGAUCAUGGACCGUACAAUUCGUGGG